AUGAUCUUGAAAGCAAAGGACUUCCCCGCGUUCCAUCUUGGGGAAACCAAAUGUGCUCUCGCUACCAACUACAGAGCUCAGCCUCAAACAGAUACAAACAGUCAGAGCCAUGUUCCCUCCCGGCGUAGCCUUUGCCCUGCUCACACUCCUGCUCCUUGGCGCAGCCAUGUACGUCUUCCCACGAAGGACCAACUCUCCCGCCAUGAAGAUGUAUCCCUGACGAGCAAGAACAGCACCCUCCACAUCACCAGCGCGAACCUCUCCCUCCCCAUCGCCCCCAACCUGACCCUGACGACCAUCCUCCUCCUCCUCCUCGCGGCCCUCAACACCGCCUUUCAGCCGCGUCUCCUCCAGGCCGCCCGCACAACGCGCUCCCCGGUCGAGCGCAUCCUGCCCCAGGCUCUGCAGUCGCUCCAAGCCAUCCUGACGACGGCCCUCGCGACGCUCCUGCUGCAGUCCACCACCGCGUCAUCCCCCCUCCUCGACUGCGCCCUCGCCUCAACCUGGCAGCGCCUCUUCCAGGCCAAAGACGCCCCGCACCUCCGCGCCAUCCAAGACGCCCUCGACUGCUGCGGCUACCGCUCGACGCGCGACCGCCCCUGGCCGUUCCCGACCCGCGAUGUCGACCCCGGCCGCUGCGCCGUCCGCUUCGACCGCCAGACCGCCUGCGCCGAACCCUGGCGCAACGCCCUCGGACGCAACGCCGCGCUCGGCCUCGCCGUCGUGCUCGCCGUCGCGGCCAUGCAGAUCGCCUCACUGGCUGUGGCGCGGGGGGCGGAGUCCUGGCGGGAUGCGUGGUGGGCGCGUCGCGGCGGGUGGUGGUGGCGGGGCAGACGGCGUGGGCUUUCGUCUCCUGGUCGUGAAGGUGUUGUGCGGCCACUGCUCGGGGCGCCCGAGGCAGGGGACGAAGGGGCUGAUUCGGAUGUGCCUGUGAGCUAUGGGGAUUUGUCGCCGACGGCGAGGCCGCGGAGGGGCAUCGACGAUGGGGUCGUGGAGAAUGGGUCGCGGGUGCAGCCGUCUUUGCUGGAGACGAAUGCGUGGGGAGACAUCUCUCGUGGCAAGAGGAGAAGUUCGUCUCGAGAUUUUCAGGGCUGGUGCCUUUAG